CCAAGAUCGCCAUCUGGCGCCAUCGAUCUCCAAACUUACAACUCUUUGCGAUGGAGUGUCCCAACUUUUCGAUCCCAAACCAACACCACUGGACAGUAGUGGUUGAGAACACAGGUACCGGGUCUGCAAUCAGAACAUGAUUCUUUGUACUCUUGAUCUUAUAUGUGGUGCCUGAGUGACAUGAGACCAUUCUCACACCUGUCGCGUCUGUUUUACGACAACCAAGACUUCGAAUGAAUCAACUACACCUGCGCUUAGUCGCCAGUAGGCAACAUGCAUAUCCCUCCAGCACGUCGGAGAGGGAACCUAUACGGCAAAGGAGCGAGAAAUAUUCGAGUUCACGACCUUUUUGAUGUCGCUGCGCGAACACCAAUCGAAACAAUAACAACAACGACGUUAACUCCCCAUGCCUCCAUGCUUCCUCGAUCCGCACAAGCCGUCAACACGCCUCAUAUUCAACUUCAGGAUGAGUUAAAAAAUGCAGCAUUACAUUCAGGUGAGACAAAGGAGGAUUCAUCGACUGCAACAAUCCCGUCACCUCUCACUGCACCCGAAUCUUCGACCAUGUUCGACCUACAUUCCUCUGAGGAAGAACCGACCAGCCUCAAGCCAAAGCGCGCCUUGAAGAAGAGAAGGAUAGCAUCUGCCAAAUCAGAUCAACCAAGGGAUGAUAUCCAGGUGGAUGAAGAGCGCAAGGUCGUGGUGACGAAGACAAAGGGAUGGCGCACCCUAAACGAAAGCGCUCAAGAGAAGCUGCAAUUCAAGUCCGCGAAUGCAAACGGCGGGUUAGAACACUCAACCUCAGCCAAUGUCACCCGAGCAUUGAAGCGACCAGUCAAAGGGCCCGCCGCUGGCAGAUCAGCUUCGCCUUCCAAGCUGGUCCCUCCAAAAGCACCUCGCUCACACCAACCCCAAGUCUCCAGUGUCUGGUCUCCGGAAGAGUCAGAUUCAUCCACCACAUCACAACCCUCGCGGAGGAGCACUCCCAAGAGAAAAAGACGCGGCUCUGACGACAGUCUCAUGGCGUCGCCUACUCCGAGUGACCUCCAUCUGACUGGUCUACGUCUGACGCCUGAUUCAAGCUCGCAAAGGUUACACAUUUCAUCCGAGGACGAGCACCUGGGAGAGGGCCCCAGUAAGCCUGUUAGGACAGGCCGAACUAGGUUGGUUGAUCGACUGGACCCUCCACGCGCCCAAAGCAUAGACACAUUCUCGCGUGCUACAACACAAGAGCAACAUUACAACCAACCCAAUGACGGUGUCGCACCAUUUGGAAGGAUUUCAGCAAGCCGUCUGGCAGAGGAUAGUCCAGACAUGGAAAAGAAGCCAUCCAAUGUAUCAGUUGCGGCUCCUCCUGGACGUCCAAGAGCCACGUACGCUAAGCAAAGGUCUUACUUGAGCGAUAUGGUCGACAGUUUGGAGAGCUACUCGGCAUCAAACAGCCAGUCAUCCUCGCAAGAAAUCUAUUCACCGGCUUUGACAUUCCCCAGUGUUGCGUCGCAAAUGGAACUCGACAAUGAUGACAGCGAUGAAGCUGACCCUUUCAGUCGAAUUAAAAGCAUCCACGAAUUGAGACGCGGAGGGGCAAUCAGAAAAUUCGACUUAGAACUGGACACUAUCCUGGAAGAUAUUGAAUCGGGCCCCAAGUCACGACGCAUUCUAGGGCUCCUACAGCUUGUUUCCAAAUUGAACGAACUCCCUUUCCUGCGCCAAUUCCAAGACUACGGUGGCCUCCAGCGCCUCAUGGACUGUGCGAACGGAUCCUUAGACGAGAUCAGCGCGACGUUGGUGGCUCUAGUUCUUCGUUGUAUAGUUGUGGCUGAAAGCUCAUCACCAAGGGUCGUGCUCCAGAUCUUGAAUGCUCUCUACAAGCUACCUCUAGGUCUGGUGUCGGAACCCAGACCCUUAAGCAAACUUGCCAAAGACCGGAGUCAGAAUCUCUCCAAGAUUCUUGUCAAAGAUAUUGCGGAGUUUGAGGACAGGUCGAAAGUUCUAGGCCAAACCUGUGUGGCUGCUGACAGAAUCAUGCUUGCUUCCGUGGAAUCUAGCCUGCGAAGUCUUAUCAGCCUCAAGGAACAAUUUCCAGAGCUGCCACGGGGACUCCUGGACGAGAUUCUCUCAAACUUUACGAAGACGCAGGACAUGGUUGAAGGUGGCGGGAUUACCAAACAGUUAGAGACCAUUCGACUUUUGCUGUCGUUACUGGAGAUUGCGUGUGCAAACCAUGAAGUGACCGGGGCUAACGUGUCAACUGUCCGUAUCGCGGAGUUGGGCGAGAGCGUGGCAAGUGUCAUGAAGGAGGCUCGUCACUCCCAGCCGCAGAUCGAGCACUCGUGCCUUCGGCUGAUUGUUGGCUUAAGCAACAAUGAUGCAGCGGCUUGUGAAGCCUUGAUUGACGGCCGCCUUAUUUGCACCGUUUUUCAGGUUAUCGAGGGCCAGUUCCUGGAGCUGGCAAGGCGUGCAGCGCAGGAGCAAGAGGUUGACCAUGCGCAACUUGAAUCUGUGAUUCUGGCAGUUGGAUGUCUUCUCAACUUCGCCGAAUGCGCGGAUGCAGCCAGAGAGCGGAUGUUGAGGUUGGUGGCAGGCGGGAAGAACAUGGUGGACCGGCUGGUGGACAUUUUCAACAGCCAUGUCGACCAAACGUCUGAGGCCUUGACUAUUGAUCAGACUCAAAUCCUGGUCGCCUUUGGCUACAUUUCCGCACUGCUAUGCACACUGUGCCUGAAUCCGAUUGCGUGUAGGCAGAUAUCCGAAUCCAUCAAGGGAAAGGGGCUGUCGCUAUUGUUUGCAGCUGCCGACACGUUCCUCCAUCAUCUCCAGACGGUUGAGGCAGCACUUGGGGAAGAAGGCGGCUCGUCCACAGGGUUUACAGAGCGGUUCACUGCCGUGCUCGGCACGGUGAAGCAGCACGGCUGUUGAUUCUGAGCAAGACCUUUCCAUGAAGAGACGACAUACACUUGCAACAUACAUCGUACGACAUAUGACAUACAAGAUUGGGUACCGGGAGCAUUGGGACAUGUCUGGAGUUGACAUGGGGUUUGCAUAGCAGAAUUCGUUGAUACCCCCCUUGAAAGUUGUGAGCUAGAUAUAGAGGAGCAUAUUUGCAAGCACGACGAGUUACAGCCAUGGCUUUUGCUGGACCUGGCGAAUGUUAGGGAUGCGAGAUGCGCCGGUGUCUCUCCACCCUCCCAUCUCCCGGAAUUCUUGCGCCCAUGUGAAGACGCCGUGUCGCAAACAGCAUCUUUAUCACCAUUGGCCGCGGGGAACCAACCCUCCGUGCAAGUAGCGUUGCAGC